AUGCACAAAGAAAGCAAUUUUGCAGCGCUUGCCUUGAACUGGCUAAUGGCGAUAGCGUGGUGUUUGAUGAUUCGGGAGCUUGAGAUUCGCGGCAGGCGAAGACCGAGGCUCUGGAAGAUGCAGGAUUUAGUGGAGACUGGGAAACUGCAUCCAGGUAUUUGGUCGAUGAUCGAUUGCUCUAUUGUCAAGUCGUCAGUCGAUGCUCACCUAUGGAUUUCGAGCAAAAGGGGUGCAGGAGGGCUGAGAUGCCUCAUUGACAGCAUGGGCUUAGCGUCUAUUCAAAAAUCAUGUCACGGCUCAGUCAAUCUACUGCAUAUUGGCUAA